AUGGAUCCGUUUGUGGUUCUGGUGCUCAGCCUCUCCUGUCUGCUUCUCCUUUCUCUCUGGAGACAGAGGUCUGGGAGAGGGAAGCUCCCUCCUGGCCCCACUCCUCUGCCAAUUCUUGGAAAUUUCUUGCAGAUUGACAUUAAGGACAUCCGUCAAUCCUUGACCAAUUUCUCAAAGGUCUAUGGCCCUGUGUUCACUCUGUACAUAGGCAGGCAUCCCGCUGUUGUGUUACAUGGAUAUGAAGCAGUGAAGGAAGCCCUGAUUGAUCAUGCGGAGGAUUUUUCUGCAAGAGGAUACAUGCCAGUGACUGAAAAAACUAGUAAAGAUUUUGGCCUCAUUUUCAGCAAUGGAAAGAGAUGGAAAGAGAUAAGGCGCUUCUCACUCACGACCCUGCGGAUUCUGGGGAUGGGGAAAAGGACCAUUGAAGACCGUGUGCAAGAGGAAGCCCAGUGUCUUGUGGAAGAGUUGAGAAAAACCAAUGGCUUACCCUGUGACCCCACCUUUAUUUUGAGCUGUGCUCCUUGCAACGUGAUCUGCUCCAUUAUUUUUCAGAAUCGUUUUGAUUAUAAAGACCAGGAUUUUCUUAAGCUGAUUCAAAAAGUUAAUGAGAAUAUCAGCAUUAUAAGCUCACCAUGGAUGCAGGUCUACAAUAAUUUUCCUGGUCUCAUUAAUUACUUUCCAGGAAGUCAUAACACAGUAUUUAAAAAUUAUGAUUAUGUUAAAAAUUAUGUUUUGAAGAAAAUAGAAGAACACCAAGAAUCCCUGGACACUAAAAAUCCCCGGGACUUUAUUGAUUAUUUCCUAAUGAAAGGAAUGCAGGUCCAACACAUACAUCAACCGGUCGAAUUUUCUCAUGAAAAUCUGGCAAUCACUGUAAUAGAUUUGUUUGCUGCGGGGACCGAGACAACAAGCACGACCCUGAGAUACGGUCUUCUGCUGCUGCUGAAGCACCCACAUGUCACAGCUAAAGUCCAGGAAGAGAUUGACCAUGUGAUUGGCCGACACCGGAGCCCCUGCAUGCAGGACAGGAGCCGCAUGCCCUACACAGACGCUACGUUGCAUGAGAUCCAGAGAUACAUCGACCUCAUCCCCACCAGCCUGCCCCAUGCAGUGACCUGUGACAUUAAGUUUCGGAACUAUCUCAUUCCCAAGGGAACAACUGUAUUAACAUCACUGUCAUCUGUGCUGCAUGACAGCAAGGAAUUCCCCAACCCUGAGGUGUUUGACCCCAGCCACUUUCUUGAUGGAAAUGGAAACUUUAAGAAAAGUGACUACUUCAUGCCUUUCUCCACAGGAAAACGAAUUUGUGCAGGAGAGGGACUGGCUCGCAUGGAACUGUUUCUAUUCCUGACCACCAUUUUGCAGAACUAUAAUCUGAAAUCAAUGGUUGACCCAAAGGACCUCGAUACAACCCCAGUUGCCAAUGGAUUAGCUACUGUGCCACCCUAUUACCAGCUCUGCUUCAUUCCUCUCUAA